CAGCACGGGCGUCUGAGCGGAAUUGCCGAACUUUUUGUCCUCGACGUCGACGACCCUUGUUCCCCCUCAUCACCGCACGCGACGAUGGACGUGGACAUGAAGCCGAAAGAGGAGGUGGACGAGAAGCGCGAGCAGGACCCCGACUACGAGCGGGACAAGGACCGUGACUAUGAAAAGGACCGCGAGGAGAAGGACAAGGACGGCGACAAGGAGAAGGAGCGCGACCGCGACAACGACCGUGACAGACGGGACUAUGGGCGCGACAGGGAUAGGGACUAUGACCGAGACAGAGAGAGGGAUAGGGACCGCGAGAGGGACCGCGACCGCGACCGGGACAGGGACCGUGGCGAUCGCUACGACCGCGACAGACGUGAGUCCGGGCGCUCCCGUCGCGGCGGAGGCAGCGAUCACUGGGAACCGGAUGACAGACGGCGCAAGCACUCGCGUUCCCGCUCUCGCUCUCGGCGCCGCUCCGCAUCCCCCGGACGCCGCCGCCCCCGCCGCUCGUACACGCGCUCCCGCAGCCGCAGCCGCGACCGCGAACGCAAGAACGACCCCUUCGCGCGCUCACUCGGCGGCCCGAUGAACGCACCGCACGAAGAGGCGGUCGAGUUUGCGAAGAUCAGCAAGCGCGAGAACCGCGUCUACGUCGGCAACCUCAGCUACGAUGUGCGCUACCGCGAUCUCAUGGAAUUCAUGCGGGGAGCUGGAGAGGUUCUGUUUGCCGAAGUACUGGUCACCCCAACUGGAGUGUCCAAGGGUUGCGGCAUCGUAGAGUUCGCCUCGCCCGAAGAUGCCCAGCGCUCUGUCCGGGAGCUCUCCGAGCAAAGCCUUCUUGGACGUCCUGUCUUCAUCCGCGAGGACCGCGAAAACGAGUCUCGCUUCGGUGCUACGCCCGUCCCGGGUAAGAUGGGCAUGGCUAUGGCAGGUCAAGGGAUGAAUGCCGGACCGCCGCCUCGUCCACCUGCGCACAAUCAUGCCGCCGGAAACCCAGGCAACCAGUUAUACGUCGGCAAUCUUCCCUAUCAAGCCGGCUGGCAAGACCUGAAGGACCUGUUCCGCACCGCUGGCAGCAUCGUCCGCGCGGACAUCAACAUUGGCAUGGACGGUCGCCCUAAGGGGUCCGGUACUGUCGUCUUCGAAACAGCGAAAGAUGCUCAGCAGGCCAUUCAAAUGUACAACGGCUUCGACUGGUAUGGCCGCGUUCUCGAAGUCCGCGAAGAUCGUUAUGCCGGCCUCUCUGGUCCCGGUCGCGGCGGCUUCCGCGGACGUGGCCGUGGUGGCUUCCGCGGAGGUUUCCGCGGCGGAGCAGGUGGCGGUUACGGCGGUGGUGGCGGAGGCCGCGACUUUUCCAACCAGGACCUCUACGCCGACUACUCUGGCCCUGAUCAGCGCGGCGCGUACGGCGGCGGGUAUGGUGGUGGUGGCGCCUAUGGUGGUGCUGCCGCUGCCGCACCGUUCCCCGAUGCCGACCCCAGUCAGCAGAUCAUGGUUCGCAACCUUCCGUGGUCGACGGCAAACGAGGACCUCGUCGAGCUGUUCGAGACGACAGGAACCGUCGAGCUGGCUGAGAUCCUCUUCGAUGGUACCCGCUCGAAGGGAUGCGGUGUCGUUCAGUUCGCGGCUGUCCCAGAAGCAGAGACGGCAAUUGCCAAGUUCCAGCAGUACAUGUAUGGCGGUCGUCCCCUCGAUGUCCGCUUCAACGACCGCUGGCACACCUUCACGCCCACCGCUGCCAAGGGCGGUCAGGUCGGUAUGCAGACGGAUGCUUGAGUUUGCCGCCACCUUUCGUAGACCCUUUUGCUUGACGAGGACGUUGCUGCUGCUGUUGAAGUAAAAAUCUGCGCCACCUCUCCCGUGUAAUAUAUGAUCUCUUGCUGGCGCGUGGCCGCCGUCAUCUUCUCCGCUGCCUAUCUCUAAAUGUGCGUACUCUCGUGUUACCAACGACGUUCCUCUAUCGCUACGUCGUCGUGGCCUGCGCUCGCUGCUGCGUUGUGUCCGACGAACCGAUAGAGGGAUCCCAUCGGGAGUAGAGCGAACCUACUUACUGAUCUAUUUCUUGUCACCGACCUACGCUUCGUGCUCCAGUGGUCCCAAAUACAGUACUCAUUGUUGUCGUAUACGGUACUUACUACAGUAAACAUCCGUAUGUACUGCUGAUAAUCUACAAGCGUCCGUGGCGUA